CGCGGCGCGGCGCGGCCCGGCGCGGCGGAGCGCGAGGCGCACAACGGAGAGCAGCUCACCAUGGCCGACCAGAGCAACAUCCAGUCCGCCGCCUCGAAGAGCAUCCGCCCGUUCCGCUCCAGCGAGGAGUACCUCUACGCCAUGAAGGAGGACCUCGCCGAGUGGUUCAACACCCUCUAUGACCUGGACAUCCAGGUUGACAACUUCAUGGAGACCCUGGAGACAGGCUACGACCUCUGUCAACACGCCAACAAUGUCAACCGCAUCGCCCUGGAGUUCCAGCAGCAGCACCCCGAGGCUGCAGCCCGCAUGCGUGUCCCCCAGAACGAGGUCAUCUUCCAGGCCAAGAACGUGGUGCCUGGCUCCUUCAUCGCCAGGGACAAUGUCUCCAAUUUCAUCCAGUGGUGCCGGCAGGACCUUGGCAUUCAGGAUGUCGUAAUGUUUGAAACCAAUGAUUUGGUGCUGAAGAAAAAUGAGAAGAACUUUGUCCUGUGCUUGCUGGAGGUGGCCAGGAGGGGCUCUAAGUUUGGGAUGCUUGCCCCCAUGCUGAUCCAAAUGGAGGAGGAGAUUGAGGAGGAGAUGAGGGACCAAAUCGCCUAUGGGGUCCUGGACAUGCAACAGGAGAGCCUCAGCCUGGACCCUGAGUCUCCAGUCUACCCCAGCAGGGCACAGCGCAUCUCCUUGUGUGACCUGAAGAACCUGGACGAGCUGGUGCGAGAAAUCCUGGGCUGCUGCACCUGCCCGUCCCAGUUCCCCAUGGUCAAAGUUUCAGAGGGUAAAUACAAAGUGGGAGACUCCAACGCGCUGAUCUUUGUUCGAGUGCUGCGCAGCCACGUGAUGGUGCGCGUCGGCGGCGGCUGGGACACGCUGGAGCACUACCUGGACAAGCACGACCCGUGCCGCUGCGCCUCGCUCUCGCACCGCCUGGGCCAGCCGCGCGCCCCCGGCUGCUCGCCGCAGAAGGGGCCCCCCGGCAGCGACAGGCGGCCCCCCGGGGACGGCGCCCACGCCAGGACCGAGCGGGCCGGCCCGGCGCCCAGAGGGGCCGCGGGCGCCACCGGCAGCCCCAGGCCGGGGCCCGACGCUGGGGCGCACAGGCCCCGCGAGCCGGCGCCCCCCCGGGCCCGGCGCUGCUCGGGCGACAGCGACUCGUCCGCUUCGUCGUCCCGCAGCCAGGGCCGCGCCGGCGGGGAGCCGCUGCUGCUCAUCCGCCGCGGCCGCGACGGGCAGCACUCGUGGGCGCGGGCCGGCGGCGGCUCCGCGGCGGCGCCCCGCAGCCCCGCGCCGCGCCGGGCCUCGCUGCCGGCCGAGCGGGCCGCGCCGCGCCGCGCCGGGCCCCCCCGGCCGCCGCCGCCGCCCGAGCCGCUGCAGCAGGAGCUGGAGGAGCUGGUGCAGCGCCUGCGGGCCCCGCUCUGCCUCGAGCCCGCCCAGGAGCAGCAGCUUUACCGGCGCCUCGAGGAGGAGUUUUGGGCCAACACGCAGCAGUUGGAGCUGGACGGCGACGCCGGAGACCCCUUGGCGCCCCCGCGGCCCGCCGCCCCGGAGCCGGCGCCUGCCGACUCGGCCUACUGCUCCUCCUCGUCCUCCUCGUCCUCGCUCAGUUUCUUCAGCAAGCAUGGCCUCGCCGCCGACGGGGACGGCCGCCGCGCCGGCGCCGGGCCCCCCGCGCCGGGCCCCGAGCCCCCCGACGGCCCCACCUGGGAUGGGCGCAGGCAGCCGCUCUCCAGCUCCUCGGACGAGGGCAGCUACUGCCCGGGCCUGAGCGAUGCGCUGGACGGGGCCGAGCGCCCCGACGCUGCCUGGGCCGCCGCGGACUCGGUGCCACCACCCGAGCCCGGCGUGGACGAGCUGACGGAGACUGAGGAGGCCGGCGCGGGAGGCCGGCGGGCCCCCGAGCGAGUGCCUUCGCCCUGCGGGCUGCCGCUGCGCCCCAGGGCCAAGCCGCGGCUGGACACGCAGCCCGACAAGAAGCCCUCCCGCAUCCCCACGCCGCGGAGCGCCAAGGCGGCGGCGGCGGCGCGGGCGCCCGGCGAGCACAAGCCCUGGCGGGCGUUGCACAGCGUCCUCACCUCCUUCCUGGAGCCCGCGUGGGGCCCGCGCGAGCCCCCGGCGCCCGACGGCGACGCCUGGCCCUGAGCCGCGAGGCCCCGUGCCGGGGAGGUGCCAGGCGGGAUGCGGGAGCCCUGCGGAGCAAGAGGGCGGGGGGGGGGGGCACACCGCGGUGCUGCCACUGGGGUGGCAUGUGGUGGUGGGACUGAAGGCCCGAGCCCCAACCCCUGACCAUGGUGGGAGUUUGGGCUCUUCAGGUCAUCGCCCGCAGCGCGGUUGGGGCGCUGGGUGCAGGACUCCCGUGUGCUGGAGCAGGGCCGUGGUGGCCACGUGAAGGAGCCUCCCCCCGCCCCCCCCCCCAAAAAAAAAUGUCCCCAGCUGUGCAGCAAGGUCCCUGGGGCCAGGGACGGCCGAAUGCAAACUAGUUCCCCCCAGGAGCGUGCCCCCCCCCCCCACCCCGGUGGUGAUGGGCAUCUGCCCCCCCCCCCCCCCAGGAGCCGGGCAGGGAGCGCAACCAGCGCUCUCCUCGCCGCUGCCGCUUGUCUCUUCCCCCACCCCCCAAUCUUUCUUUCUUUUCUCUCUUCUCUACAUCACUUUUCUGAUCUUCUCUCGCGCUCACACAACUUCUCUUCGUCGCCUUCAUGACUCGGGGACAUACGGCUCAUCAGCUUGAUCGGUAUUUCAAGGAUGGGGGGGGCGGGUCAUGGUCCUCUCCAGCCCCCGGCCCCUCGCGCUAACCCUGGCCAGCUCGACCUGUGUCCGUAGCGUGCGUAUUUAUGCAUCAACCGACUAUACGCGUGGCUGUGCGUAGACGCCCCCCCCCCCCCCCAACCCCGGCGUGGGCAGCUGCUGAACCACCCCGCGUGUCCCAACAGCAGCCAGUAAAAGUGACUGAUCCCAAA